AUAGACCAUGUCUGAAGUAGCUCAGGUUUCUCAGGAAAAGCAAUUUGUGAGUACUUUCUUACAGCUCAUCAACUUAUCUGCUGAUGCUCCCUCCAACACUUUUCUCUCGACUGAUGAUUAUAAUAAGUUAGAAUCAUUGGGUCCUUCUUUGCCAAAAAUUAAAGCAUCUUUACCUAAGGGAGGAGAAGAUGACCAAGCUUCCAAUAAAGCAGUAACUUUGAAUUUUAAGUCCAUAAAACCACCAUAUAAGUUUUCAACCCAAUUGAGUGAUGUUCCAUUGACUCAUUCUAUAUAUAAAGUCAAGACUGAUCUUAUCGAUUCUGUUUCGAAUUUAAAGGAUACCAAUGUCAGCACCACCGACUUGAAAUUGAUGAUCAAAGGUAAAGUCAUCCAAGAUUCCACUAUACUUUCAUCUGUUCCAUCUGUAACUGAUGGGUUAACUUUUAUGGUAAUGGUCUCUACUCCAAUUUCAAAUUCACAACCAGGAGCCUCAACUCCGGUAACAGAGCCAUCGAAAGACUUGGACGAUAGCGUAUCUGUUCCUAACCCUGACGAAGGGAAAUUGGAGAUCUCUCCAAGUACAUGGAAUAAGCUUCACCAAGUCUUACUUAAUGAUUUACCUAGUAAAGUAUUGGCCGAUAAAGCUUUUCAUAAACUACAAAACAACUGGGCUAGUUGAAAUAUUUUAUUCUUUUUCUUAUAAACUUCUUAUAUAAGUUGAAUAACUGAGUAUAUACAAGUUCGUAACAUCGUUAAAUAGAGUUUGUAAUUUAGUUCUUCCCGUAUUUUCUGGAUAGCAAAUCGUUCAAUCUAUGUCCAUCAGGUCUUCCGGCUCUGCGUUCGUAUACAUAAUAAGCAGCCACUCCUAUAGAUAAUGCAAGCAAAGGGUCAGAUACUCUGGAGAUCAAAUAUGGGUAUUGGAUCAUCUUUGUCUCAAGAUAUAAUACGGUCUUGCA